GGAUUCAUAUGAUUAGAUUCUCUCUUCCUGGUGACGAACGAUUGCGUUGCGGUCGUAAACGUCGUCGUUUUUUGUGAUUUUCUUUGAACCUAUCUACGUGACUUUACCGAAAGACUCAAAGAAUAUGCACACACGCAGUCGUGUGUGGUUGAAGGUGGCAGUGCUGUCAAUUACGGCGCGCAAUGGAGAGCUUGCUCAGAGCGGAGCUGGGCACGGACUCGGUGAGGCCGCUGGGCGCUGCGGCCGGUGGAGGCUGCAUCAGCGCCGGGCAGAGCUACGAGACGGGGCGCGGACGCGUGUUUGCCAAGAUCAACGUCAAGAGCGGGGCCAAGUGCAUGUUUGAUGGGGAGUUUGCAAGCUUGGAAGCCAUUGCAUCCACACGCACGGUGCGUGUGCCCAAGCAGAUGAAGGUGAUCGAGAUCCCCACGGGUGGGGCUUUGCUCGUAAUGGAACAUCUGGACAUGAAGAGUCUCAACAGGGGCUCAGGCUUGUUGGGGCAGCAGCUGGCUGAAAUGCACCUUCACAACAGGAAGAUCGGAGAGAGGCUUCACAAGGAAGAGAAAACUAUCGGUAAGGUCCCUGAGCAGGAGGAUGUGGAGUAUGUGGACAAGUUUGGGUUUCAUACAGCUACAAGCUGUGGUUACAUCCCACAGCUGAACGAGUGGCAGGAGGACUGGGUGACGUUCUUCUCACGGCAGCGACUGCAGCUUCAGCUGGACAUGAUAGAGAAGGACUACGGUGACAGGGAGACCCGCGAGCUCUGGUCUCAGCUUCAGCUACGGUUGGGGGAUUUUUUCCGGGGCGUGGAGGUGGUUCCGGCACUGCUGCACGGUGACCUAUGGACUGGGAAUGCUGCAGAGAUAAAUGAAGGGCCCGUCAUCUUUGACCCAGCCUCCUUCUAUGGGCACUCGGAGUACGAGCUUUCCAUCUCUGGGAUGUUCGCAAGCUUUAGCUCCACGUUUUACUCAUCCUACCACGCUCUCAUCCCAAAGUCAGAAGGCUUUGACAAACGCCAGAAGCUCUACCAACUCUUCCACUACCUGAACCACUGGAAUCACUUUGGGACAGGAUACCGAGGGUCAUCCAUCUCCACCAUGCGCAGUCUCCUCAAGUAAAUGAAAGACUCCUCCACGGCCAGAAGUUGACAAUGAUGACUGCAGUUCAGAGCCCUCUGUCCAGAUGAGAGUUGCAGGCAGAGUUCCAGUAUGAAGAGGAAGGCUGGAACCCAACACAACUUACCAUCUACAUGGUUGCACCCGAGUGCUGUUGUACAUUGGUUGUUGCGUUUGGUAACUAACCACGCUCGUCCGGGGAGGUUCACAGUACUGCCCGCCCGAUGCGAUGACCCUAGUUACAUGAAGGUAGUAGGGGUAUACACAAGAUAAAAAGUACAUUUUAGUACUUAAAGAGCUCGAUUUGCACAGACCACCGCUACAACUGAAUGUUAUGCAGUAAUAUUAAACAAGUUUCAAGCCUUUUGCUAAUUUAGAUAAUACAAAAAGGGUUUAGAACAAAGAACCACUUGCAAGUAUAUCUAUGUGAAGGGACAUUCUUAUUAACACUCUCUGCAAAGGAUACUGGAUUUCCAUCUGUGAAGAAAGCAGUUGGCCGUGACACAUGUUGCCAUGUUUGAUGCAACGUUCGUUUAUCCGAACAACACAGGGCGAUGCAUUUUUCCGACUUGCAGCCAUUUGCGGUUGUGUAUUUUUAUUUCGUACGACUGCUUUAAAACAAAUGAGGUUACCAUCAUAAUGUUGGGGUGCGACAUUGAAACUAAUUUGAAGAUUGUGUACAAUCGUCUUCGCCGGCAUGCAGGUGACAGCUUUAACAUUACAACUUAAGAGUUGUCUGCAGAUGAACCCGACACGAGAAGCAUUUUAUGAUAUCUUUAACCAUCACGUAGAGAUUAUUGUUGAGAAUGUCUUACAAGUGCUCAUGAUUUCCAAACAAAAGCUAACAUUCCAAUGAUGGAUUGGCCUGUGCUUACGUUGUAUAUCCUGGGGUAAUGUGGGUGGUAUUAUUAACCAUCGGUUGCUUGAGCUGAUUUAUGGUACAAAAUCUAUAAUUUUGAAGAGGUUGUAGUUGAGCAUUAAGUUAACCAUGAUUGCUGGUUGGAGUAUAAUUUAAGAUCAUUUACAUUUUGCCCCCUUGCUUUUGAAAUCCAUCCUUGUUUGUAGCUGUGCAUUUAAUUUUAGGCUAAUAUUUAGCUUGAACGACGCAUUAAUAUGUUUUAGCACAAUAAUAACAUACAUUUACAUAAGAGUAGAUUAAUGGUGAUGGAAUUAGUUUUCCUGAUUUUGUCUGACUUUGGACCAGCUGGCCGUAAUGUCUAGUUUAUUCAUAUUCUAUCGGUGAGAAGAAAUAAUGUUGUAAUUUUUGCUUAACCCAUGUAAGCAUUUUCAAUAACCAUAGUUUAAACGAAUUGAUAUUUUUCGAUUUAAAGCUUUCGUGACUGCAGGGAUUCAUCUUCUUGGUUCUUUCGGUAAAGUCACGUAGAAGGAAAGUAAUAAAAUAAUAAAAAUAAAACAUAAUAAAACAAUUCUCACGACGUUUCGGCCACAACGCAAGCAGCCGUCCUUGUUUUAUUAUGUUUUAUUUUUAUUAUUUUAUUACUUCCCUUCUACGUGACUUUACCGAAAGAACCAAGAAGACGAAUUGAUAUUUACCAGGUAUAUUCGAUAUAUGUUGAACUUCUUUCGCACCGUACGUAGCCGCCAAUGAAAAUCGGAUGUGGGGAGGAAAACAAGUUUAUUUGGCCAAAAUUACUUUGGACAAAGUAACAAAAAUAAAAAGUAUGGAUAUCUGAAAUGUAAUGCAUUGGGUUUCAUUUAAUUUUAUCAAGUAUUGCUUGAAAUGUUUAGCAACCAAACAUGUUUUGUAAGAUUACUCCAUUACAAUGUUGUUGAAUUUUUUAAAUGUUUCUGUUACAACACAAAGUGGCAGGGUAGCAUCUUUGUUUUGAACGCAAAGGGCUUGGUGCUAUACCAGAUUUCAAAUCAAGGGCACACAAUAAUGCCUCUCCACUGUUGACUGAGACACUUGAAUUUCAUUUAUCAGACUUGCAAAUUAUAGUGCGAUGCAAACUUUUACUGGUAAAAUGUUAAGCUGUGGGGAUCAGCGACUGUUAUUUGCCAACCCUUGCAAUUUAGAACUACUUAUACUAAUAGGGGUUUUCCCCUUUUUUCUGGCAACAAAACUGACACCUUUUGCAAGGCAUCAUGCUUACAUUAACCACAAUACUUGCAGUCAAAUGCAAACAAAAAACAAUACUCUGAUAAUUUAUGCAUUGUCUUUGAAACUGAUUGGUCCACACCAGAGACAGCUUUCUGUGGAGCCUAGUCUCAUAUGGUGUUCGACCAGAUGACGCAAGUAUUGUGGUUAAUGUAAGCAUGAUGCCUUGCAAAAGGUGUCAGUUUUGUUGCCAGAAAAAAGGGGAAAAACCCUAUUAGUAUAUUUUGGUACUGGCAAAGGAGGUCCCAUGAUGAAUUAGAACUACUUUUUGUGUUUGGCUUGUUGGUCUCAACUGCAACUCCGUUUAGCACGGUUGGCUACGUACGGUGCGAAAGAAGUUCAUCAUACAUACUCAUAUGUUGUGCAGUUUCCCAGCAAAUAUGGCUCUUUUGCCAAGGUUUGUACAUCAAUACUACGUGAAAUUAUGUUUCUAAAGGAUUUGUGGUGUUAAGUUUUACGUGUAAAGCCUAUUUGUUUCAAUAAGCCAUGUUUUUUCUUUUCAUUAUUACUCAUGGAAUAAAUUGAAGGCUGCAUGUAA